AUGGGCCUAGAAGCGAAGACUGUCCUGCUUACUGGUGCCGUCAUGGGCAUUGGGAAAGCCAUCGCCAAUGCUCUGGCUGACAAAGGCGCAAGUCUCGUUCUACUAUCACGGUCGGAAGGAAGCUCCUUUGCUCUCAUUUACGACACGCUUCCUGGUGCUGCUAAAGCCGUCGGAUACAUGACUAUCAACGACCCCCAGGCUGGACUCGCCCUUGGAGCACCCGCCAGGUUCCAGGAGAUGAAGAUUCAGGAUAUUAUUACAAUGUCCAACACGAACAUAAAUGCACCACCGUUUCCGGGCGAAGCUGUGUAUCACGCGAGCAAAACAUUACAGGAAGGCUUCACCAAUUCUCUCCGUAAUGAACUGGUCGAGACCGACAUCAAGGGCCUGGCUCUAAGGCCAGGUGUUGUCGCCACUCACUUUCACACAGAGCGCGUUGGGUUCGACAAGAACAAGGAGCAAUACAACUCGUUCAUUGAAGGCUAG